AUGUCAACGCGACAGUCCACUCGCAGCGUGCUGCGGGGGAUUUGCUGCCUGGGCCUUUGGUCCCUGAGUGGUCUGACUCACCCGGCCGCAGUGCCGAGGCGUUGGACCGUCCUCACCGCUCCCGCCGUCUUGACGCAGACGAGCGCCCGUGCCGCGCGAGCAGAGCCGCGCGAGCCGCGGAGCUAUGAGGAAGUCAUCGCGGAGUCCGGUUUGGAAGACUGGUCGGUGAAAGACUAUGAGGCGAUGCGCGACGAUGUGCCACGCACCUCCAAGUUCGAAAAGGCCAUUCAGCGACGCCUCCAGAAGCAGCCGCAGGCCACAGUCUUGGACAUCGGCACUGGGCCUUUUGCCCUGCUGGCGGUUCUGGCCGCCAAGGCAGGGGCCAAGAAGGUCUAUGCUAUCGAAAAGAAUCCGGAAGCCGCUGCUUUGGCCAAAGAGACGGUGGAACGUGAUGGUUGGAAGGACGUCAUUGAAGUGAUCGAAGGCGACUCCAUGCAAGUCACCCUCCCUGAACAGGUGGACCUGGUGGUUUCGGAGCUCAUUGGCAGCAUCGCCACGCAGGAGGGCGUGGAGCCCAUCAUCCGCGACGCGCGGCAGCGAUUCCUCAAGGAGUCGGAAGGUGCGUGUGGCAUGAUCCCGGCCCGGUGUCAGACGUGCAUCGUGCCAGUGCUUUACAAGGGGCGCAGCUUCCUGCAGCGGGUGACGGCACCCUUCGAGGGCGUCCGGAGCCGGGGCAAGCCACAGGCGGGGUCCUCGACACCGCUGAGGAUCAAGUCGGCGGACGAGGGGAACUUGGAGUUCUUGUCCGAGCCGCAGGUCUUGGAAGACUUUGAUUACUGCGCAGCUGCCAACUCCCCGAAGAAGCUGACCAGUACCUUGGAGUUCCCCGUGGCGCAGGAGGGAACUUUUUCGGGUUUCGCCAUGUGGACACGCGUGGUGGUGGACGACCAAGAGGUGAUCGAAGUCCGAGGGCAGCCGGACAGCCACUGGGCCUAUGUGGUGGCAGUGAUGACGCGAUACCCACAGUCAGUGGAGCCUGGAACGAUCAAAUUGGUGAGUGAGAUCGACUAUGAUGCUUCGCCGGUGAGCUACAGCUUCAAGGCAGAAGUGCCCUGA